UCCUCGCGUCUGACUGCAACGUGCCAAAGUUUCCAGCUGCUGGAAGAAGUCCGGGGGGGGGGGGAGUCAGCGUUGGGGUGACCUGGGGGCAUGCAGAGCUGCGAGCCCGCUGAGGCUCCGGAGGGAGCGGGCUGCUCUGGGGGCCAGGGCUGCGCCCGCGGACUUGUCCCGGCGGCCUGAUGCGCCCUAACUUCUGCGAAAGUUGUUCGGGGGAGAACGUAUGUUUCUAUCUCCAACUCCUGUGGCGCUUUAUUAUGCGUUUCUGCACAGGGCGGAAGGAGGGGUUACCAACUCCGCUGAUACUUUGUCUCUUUCUGGGAAGAGGGGACAGAAGGUCACGUGUGUGUGUGCAGGGGGGCGAGUAGGGUUGUUUUCUGCAGAUGUUUCCAUCCCCAGCUUCUGUGAUUGCUGCAAAGCUUGCAAGAGAGGGUGGGACAAAAUAGAGGGGUCUGCUCUGGUGUGUGUGCUUUCCUCUGCCUUACUGGCUUUUACAGAGAUUGGGUAAGAAAAAUCACACACCUGGUGUGGCCUUGGCUCGGCUCUCUGGUGCUGAUCCCAAGGCGUGUAUGUUUGCUCCAUUGUCUCAAUAGGAAAGGGAGUCCCUUUCUUUCCGGCUCUUGACUUGGGCAAUAUGAGAAGUUCUCUUGGGCUCCUACUACUCAGUAGCAGUUGUUUCACCCGCAGAGCAUCUUUUGGCAGAUGGGGGACUGCAGUACAAUAGACAAGUCUACAAUUUAAAAUGUCAGCAGAGCUUGCUAAUGCUAUUAAAGUACAAAAUUGAGUUGGACAGUGUAAUGGGUUCAUUCACUUCUGUUGGAUUAUAAAUGAUUGUCUUCUGUGGGGAGAAAAAACAGUGAAGAGAUUUGGGGUUUUUUGUUUGGGUUUUUUAAAUAGUACGCUAUCACUAGUACAUUAUGGUUAGGGUCAUAGCACUGUGGAAUAGUUUAAUAGCCAAAUUUAACCCUGGUAUAACUCGACUGAUUGUGGUGGAGUUACACCAGGGAUAAAAUUAGUCCUUAAAUGUUUUUAAAAAAAAUUAACAUAUCUAGUCUUAUUUAACACUUUUCUAGGAAAAAGUUAAAAUCUCUAAUAUUUAUGAUAGCUCUGACACUUAAAAUAUAAAGUAACUUUUAUAGGGAAUUGGAAUUGACAUCCAUAAUUGACUUCCUGCCUAUAUGAAUGUUGUUUUUACUACGCUUAAAUGGGAAUAGGAAUAUUUAUCUUCAAUCUUUGUCAGAUGUAAGAUUUCAAACAGAAGUGUUAUAGCGGGCGGGAGAGUGAAGAGGAGGGGAAGGCGAGAGGGGAUGGACUAGAGAAAGAAGUUCUUUAAGACCCCAUGUUGAAAUCCUACACAAAGUAGCACAAAAUCAGGAGUACUAUAAUAACCAGUUCAGAAUUGUUCAAGUUGUCAUUCUUUUUAACUCAGAAAUUCUUUGAUGAAAUCAAUUUCUUUAUCCAUCCUGAUUCAGUUUUACUGUACCUGCAUUGUUUGCUUGUGCUCUGCCUCUAUAUAGUGGCCCUUUGAAAACUCAGGAAGUGUCACAAUUCACAGGGCUCAUCUUUGAAUGAGGGACUUUGUGGUUUUGGUUUUAUUGAAAUUUAUGUCCAUAAAUGUUCUUUAAUCUGUAUUGAAAACAAAGAAUACAAUUGCUGCUCACGCAUGUAUUUUUUCCAUAGAAUAGUUUUAAGAUGUGCUCUCUUGGUUGUUGUAUAAGGAACUUCUUUUAUGAGAGGAACCACAUCUGGAUUUGAUAAUCCUGUCUGACCCUGGGGACACUUACUUCAAACUAACUUUAUCCCUUGUGCUUUAAAAUGUAUGAUUUAGUUUGAUAGCACUAAUAUUUUCAAAUACAAGAGUCUGCAGCAGAGUUUAGUUGAGUGGCAUACUUUCCUUUUAUCCAAGCAGGUAAAUAUGUUUUGCCUACAGUGGUUAAUGUAUAAUAGUAGGUAAAGCCUGGAGUUGGGAGGUGGGUGGAGAAAGAAGAUAAAAAAUGGUCCUUUCCUUUUAUGAGGAAACUGAAAUGUUGUCAGUAUAUAACAGUUGUGAGAGUGCCCUACAAUAUUAUGAAAAUACACUACACCUACACAACAGCUAUAGUAUCAGCCAAAACCACAAGUGAGACAAGGUGGGUGAGAACGAUAUUACCCACCUUGCCUCUCUAAUAUCCUGGGACCAACAUGACUACAGCACUACAAAAACAAAAGUGUUCAGGUAAGUAAAGUUGUAAAAGUGAAUUAAGUCAGUUGAAAGUGCUCAGAUACUACAGUGAUGAAGGGCUAAGCAAGUACCUAGAUAUUUUCUUCAUACUUAACAUUUGGAAAGGUAAGUAUAAAAAGUAAGAAACUGGUAAUAUAACUAUAGAAUGUACAACCAUACACUGUUGUGUAGAUUCUUCUGUAACUAGUUGUAAUCUCAUGUACUUCUGAAACUGCAGUUACUAAAAUGAAAUGUACAGUGGUUACUGUCAUUACUAGGAUGCUAAUCCACAUAACUUGCAGUAACACAUUCCCAUGUCUGAUAAUAUCUGGUACAGCAGCUGUCCGACCCACCGUGCGGAACUAGUUCAAAGCAUGUUGUAAAAGGAAGAAUAGUGAAGUAGUUGUUUUGAAUGAAACCAAGUAUAAACUUAUUCUGAUACAUUUCAUGUAGAUGAGGUAUGCUUUCUCACCUGCAUAGCUCAUUCUCAGUAUGUUUUCUUCUUUAAACAGCUUGAUGGUUUUAGUGUGAUGUGUAUUAGUGAUUUGUCAAAAAUAAAAAAAAUAUUUGUGGUUAACUGGUUCUGCAGUUAAAAUCUCAUUCUAUAAGUGUAACCAAAGCCAAAGUACAGAAAAGUGAAAAUUAGUGUGGAUUGUUAUUAGUAUGUGUUUUAGUAGAGUGAGUCUUUAAUAACUCUUGAAAUUUAAGUUCUGUCAUCAGUGCACUAAGAAGAGCUCUGUGUACACUUGAAAGCUUGUCUAUCUCACCAACAGAAGUUGGUCCAAUAAAAGAUAGUAUCUCACACAUCUUGUCUCUCUAAUAUCCUGGGACCAACAGAUACAGCAACACUUUACAUGCAUUAAAUUAUGUCAGUCUUCAGCUGUCAAACCAUCCUGAAUUUUUGCAGUGGGAAAAUAGCUAAUUUCUAAAAUAGGCUGUACUUCAAAAAUUAAUUCUUGUAAUGACUCGAUCACUCAGUUUUUCUCUUUGAAGAAGAUAAUUUUAGGCUAAGAGUUAGCUGUAUGGCGUUAUAUAAAAUUCAGGAUGUAGUUAAAUAUUAGCAGUUUAGAGGCAAAAAGAAAUCCAAGGGAAGGCUGAGGUUAAUUAUCAUGACCUGUGGUGUCUAAAAUCACAUGUCUUCCUCCGUUAAGUGUAGAUAUUUGCUUGUUUGUAGGGCAGGUCUCCUGUAUAAAGACAGUGUUUGUAUUCACACCCAAUGAACAAACACCUCCACCCACUGUUGUUGUUUAAAAAACUCCAGCUGCUCAUGAAUAUAGGGUCAGAGAGGGCCGUCUAAAUGUUUCUCUGUGCUUUCUCUCCAGCACAGCCAGCAGAGCUGUUUCCUGUUCUUUGUUUCAAGGCUGGGGUUUGCGUCAUACAUUCCAAGUGGCAUAUGUGUGCUCUUUCCUGUUUCAGGCUGUUUUUUUAGUAGACCAGUAGCCCGGUCCAGGCCCCUUGUCACUGCCCUGCAACUCCCAGUCCCCACCCAGUGAGUUAUCAUGUCUCUACACCCUCGUGAUUGCUUAAGAUGCCUGUGUUAUGUCAGCAUGAGAAGUCUGAGUUAACCUUUUAACACACACCCUCUACUCCAGUAUAUUUACAUGGGUGAAUAAUGAGUUUCAUUCCCUUUUCUAAAAACGUGUGUUUGACUCUCAAAAAAUUGAGUCUGAUUUCUCCUCUCACUUGUGCCAAUGUAAGUCAGGAAUAAUUCCAUUAAAGUCAAUGGAAUUGCAGUGGUAUAAUACCACUGCAAGUGAGAAGAGAAUCCAGCCCUAUAUAUUAAUUUCUGUGAAAACCUAUUGGCUUCUUUCCAUAUCUGUUCUGAAGAUACCACCGUGAUCAUUUUCUGUUCCAGUUUUGAUCAAGUUUAGAAUUGUACCAUUUUUCUGAGGGGAGGAAAUAUCGUACUAUUACCUGAAUUCAAGGAUCCAUACUCUUCCAGAUUUAAUGCAGGAAAAUGAGACACUAACAACUUUCUUUGGAUUAAAUGGAAAUACAAAUUGUAAGAAAAGUAUUUCAGGUGAACACAUAAGCUAAUAAUUUUGCGCAGGACUACACAGACAUCAGAAGAUUUCACUGAAAAGAUGCUAAUGUUUGACCCAGUCCCUAUCAAGCAAGAAGCCAUGGAACCAAUUUCAGUGUCAUACCAGUCCAAUUACAUGGACCAAAUGAAGCCAAACAAAUACAGUGUCAUUUAUCCUACCCCAAAUAUGUUGCACAAUAAAUUCUAUCCAACCCCAGAAGGACUAGCUAAUGGAAUCCAAAUGGAGCCAGUUGACCUUACAGUGAAUAAACGAAGCUCACCAUGUUCAGCUGGAAGUUCUCCUUCUCCUCUGAAAUUUCAGACUGUACAUAGAAGAGCCUCACCUGGAUUAACUUUGUCCUCUCCCAGCCCGCCUAUGAAAAAAUUCACCCCACCACCUCCCCCAGGAGUUCAGCCUUUUUCCAUGCCAUUAACAAUCCCUCCAGUAAUGGCUGCUCUUUCACGCCCUGGACUUAGGAGCCCUGGAAUACUUCCAGUUAUACAGCCACUUGUGGUCCAGCCUGUUCCUUUUAUGUAUGCUCCACAUCUCCAUCAACCUAUAAUGGUGUCUACUGUUCUUGCAGAAGAGUUGGAAAAUCCAAGUAGCAUGCCAGUGCCUGUAAUUGAAUCUUAUGAGAAGCCCACAUUAAAGAAAACAAUCAAAGUAGAACCAGGAAUCGAACCACCAAGAACCGAGUUCUAUCCUGAACAAAUGUCUCCUCCAAUGAUGACCUCCUUGUCUCCUCAGCAAGUAAUGUUGCAAGAGAAUCACCCUUCAGUUAUAGUUCAGCCAGGAAAGAGACCUUUACCUGUGGAAUCUCCAGACACACAAAGGAAACGCAGAAUACACAGAUGUGAUUAUGAAGGUUGCAACAAGGUCUAUACUAAAAGCUCCCACCUAAAAGCUCACAGAAGAACGCAUACAGGUGAAAAGCCAUACAAGUGCACCUGGGAGGGAUGCACGUGGAAGUUUGCUCGUUCUGAUGAACUAACACGACAUUUCCGUAAACAUACCGGAAUCAAACCCUUCCAGUGCCCGGACUGUGACCGUAGUUUCUCACGCUCGGACCAUCUUGCUCUCCACAGGAAACGCCAUAUGCUAGUCUGAAUGUCUCUUGUCCCUCAACUCCGAUCACACUUUCUUUUUUACAUGUGCAUUUUAAUUUGAAUUCAGCUGGUCUGAAUCUCUGAUCUUACACAAUUAAACGCUUCCAUAUGGUCAGUAAUAGAUGUUAUCUAACCCUGCUAUGUCCUUGCCACGGGUCAGACCUAAAGAAUGUGAACAUUUUUUUUUUUCCGAGGGAUGCUAAGCAAACCCUUCCUGCAGACAGUAUAUGUUAUGUAUUCCUUUGUGAAUAAGGGAAUUUGUAAACUAGCAACUUUGUUGGUUUUGCCUUAUAAUAUAGCCAGCAUAUAUUGAUCAACUAGUAAAUGUUAUUGAAUAUCCA